AAAUGUUUUUAGUUACUUUCGUACGUUCGGUUGGAUAGCAAGGUCUGCUUACCAGCCUAUUAGCAAAUUUGUUUGUUGUGGAACAACAAAUCAUCCAUACAGCACACCAACACCCAAAACGUAUCUCAAAUUUUACAAAAUACGAGUCGAAGCAGAGAAUCAUAGCAGCAAAAGCAACAGCAACAUAAAGAAAAAAUAUCAUCAAAACAGACACCAAAGAGCAGUAGCAGUGUGGCUGGCCCCUUUUAAAGGCAUUGAGGUAUCAUUACGCAAUUUGCUCAACUACUUUUUGCGAGAUUUAAUUCUACAAUUUGGAAAGUUGUUUGGCAGUCAUUUAUUGAAGCAAUCUCUUGAGUAAAAAUGCCUUGUCCUUUCCUAAAUCGGCUAUCGGCCAACUUCGUUCGAAGUUAUUCGGAGAAUUUGAUGCAAGUCUAUAGUCGCUAUUGUCCCGUAUUGCUAAAUAAUGGUCAGGCAAUUUUGGCCAAUGAGGAUGUGGCUAGUGCCAGUGCCAAGGUCAAUGCUGUAAGGACUUAUGUGACUUCCAAUGUAAGUCCUCAGAAGGAGGAGGAACCCAAAAAGGAGACACCUCUUUACGAGGGCUCUAAGGCCCAAGAGGCUCAAGUGGUGGCAGCGGCUGCUCGCAAGCCUAUGGCAACAGCAGCCAAGUCUGGCGCUGAACAAAAGUUUGCCUAUGAAAAUUUCUUCCAAGAGCAGAUAAUGAAAAAGAAGCAAGACCACUCAUAUCGCGUUUUUAAGAAAGUCAACCGCUUGGCUGGUUCAGGCCUAUUCCCCCAUGCCUUGGAAUAUUCGACGCGCGAGGAAAGGCCCAUUACGGUAUGGUGCUCCAAUGACUAUCUGGGCAUGUCAGCCCAUCCCAGGGUGAAAAAAGCAGUGGCAGAUGCCUUGGAAUGUCAUGGCUCGGGAGCGGGAGGCACUCGCAACAUAUCGGGAAAUUCCAUGUAUCAUGAAAUGUUGGAAGCCCGUUUAGCUAAACUGCAUGAAAAAGAGGCUGCCUUAUUAUUUACCUCCUGUUUUGUGGCCAAUGAUUCGACUUUGUUUACACUGGCUCGCCUUUUACCUGGCUGUCAUAUAUUUUCCGAUGCUGGCAAUCAUGCCUCCAUGAUACAGGGCAUACGAAAUAGCGGAGUGCCCAAGCAUAUAUUCCGGCACAAUGAUGUGGAGCACCUGGAGAGCAUGUUGUCCAAGAUGGACAAGAAAGUCCCAAAAAUUGUAGCAUUCGAGACGGUACAUUCCAUGACAGGUGACAUUUGCCCCUUAGAAGAGCUGUGUGAUGUGGCGCGUGCCUAUGGAGCCAUAACCUUUGUGGACGAGGUACAUGCGGUGGGUUUGUAUGGCGAACAUGGAGCUGGCAUUGGCCAAAGGGAUGGUGUUCUGCAUAAAAUGGAUAUCAUAUCGGGUACAUUGGGCAAGGCAUUUGGCAAUAUUGGAGGUUAUAUAGCGGGCUCGCAUAAUCUGGUGGAUAUGAUACGCUCCUAUGCCGCAGGUUUCAUAUUCACCACCUCACUGCCACCCACCGUUUGUAGUGGUGCCCUUCAAUCCGUUGACAUUUUGGCAUCCGAAGAAGGUCAAGAGCUGAGAGCUUUGCAUCGAAGCAACGUCAACUAUUUACGUAAUCUAUUACGGUCCGAAGGUUUCCCCGUUGAGCAAACCCCCAGCCACAUUAUACCCAUACGCAUUGGUGACCCCUUGAAGAGUUCCAAAAUAUCUGACCUGCUCAUGUUCGAAUUUGGCCAUUACAUACAAGCCAUCAAUUACCCCACCGUGGCUCGUGGCGAAGAGAAAUUGCGUUUGGCCCCCACACCAUUCCACAAUGUCGAUAUGAUGAAUCAACUGGUGAAUGAUAUGAAGAAAGUAUGGCAAAUGUUGGAUAUGCCCUUGAAACCCGCCACCCAAGAUCGUACUUGCUCUAACAUGCAAAGAGAAAAUUCUUCUACUGCCUUUGAGGAGUCCAGGAAUGGCAUAAAUGUAUUCAAUUAAAGUUGUACACACAUACACACAUACAUACACAAAAUAUAAAAGCAUUCUUAAAUUGAUAUUCCGCUAGUAGUGCUGCUGGAAUAGGUUAAACAAACGUAAAUGGUAAAUGGGAAACUCAUACACAUCUAUAUUCAACCACACACAUACACAGAUACAUUCUAAAAAAUAUGCAAAUAUACAAAAUAAUGGUAUAAAGUUCAAUCAAUAUGCAUGA